CCGCCGAAGCCGAGCAAAAUAAAGCUGCAUUUCAAGGCCGUGGGCAACGCGCCGAUCAUGCGGAAGAUGAAAUUUCACAUCAGCGGCGACGAGCCGUUCCGAUCCGUGCAUCGAUUCCUGCGGGACCGGCGCGGCGCCGGCCUCUUCCUCUACUGCGACAGCGCGUUCACGCCGAGCCCCGUGGAGCCGCUGGACCACCUGUUCCGGUGCUUCGGCGCGGGCGGCGAGCUCGUCGUGAACUACGCGACGACCGGCGCGUACGGU